AUGGAGUUGAGUGUCGCCGCUCAGCCGCCCCUGCGCCUUGCCCCUUGCCACCUUGUGGCGCUCUUGCCCUCGCCCUGUCACACUUUGCACUGCCGCCUUCUGUCCCAUCGCCCGCCCUUCCUCCGACCUCCCGUUCAUCCAACGGUCCGAUUCCUCCGCGAGUCGCUGGAGCGCGCCGGGUGCGCCGUGAGCGAUGAGUUCUUUUCCGCGCGCCGAUGCGACGAGCAGGCAGGCGGAGGCUUCAUGCCCGGCGAGGGGGUGGUGGUGUGUGCGAACCACGUGGGCGGGCAGGACGAGGUGGACGUGGUGGUGGCGCACGAGCUCGUGCACGCCCUCGACCACUGCCGCGCUAAGAACCUGCACUGGCCCGACCUCCAACACCACGCCUGCAGCGAGAUCCGAGCGGCCAACCUGAGCGGGGCGUGUCACAUGCACCGCGAGUUCAACACGAGGGGUUCCGACUUUGUCUUCCGCAACGGCCACCCGCAGUGUGUGCGGCGCAAGGCACAGCUGUCCGUCGCCAUGAACCCCUUCUGCUCCGACACCCCCCCCACCUCUGCCACUGCCACCACCGCCACCGCCACCGCCACCACCACCACCACCACCACCACCAACGGCAGCAGCGCCAAUGGAAGCAGCAGUGGCAGCGAGGCGUCUAGCAGCAGCAGUGCGGCGUGCAUGGCUCGGGCGCGGGCGGCAGUGGAUGCUGUGUGGGACGUGUGCUACCAUGACACCACUCCCUUUGACCGCAUCCCCUGA